AUGGCCCCAAGAAUCCAUCCUUUUGACUCCGUUAAGGAUUACGAAAUCAAGUUAGCUUCUAAGCUCAUCAAAGACUCCUACCCAGCCGAUGCCAACUGCCACUUCGUCCAGAUCGAAAGAACCGAUCCUCCCAAGAAGGACAUGAUCAAGUACCUCGAUGCUGAAAGACAAGGCUUGCCUUUGCCAAACAUCCCAAGAGUUCUCUACGCGUAUUACUGGACUAAUACCUUGGAGUUCAACAAGGCUUUGGUCAACGUUACCGUGGGCCACAUCAUCACCAAGGUCCAAUUGCCAAAGGGUGUUUGUGGUCCUCUCUUGCCAGAAGACAUGGAAGACUGGGAAGAGCACUGUAACAACCACCCAGCUGUCAAGGCUGAGAUCGAGAAGUUGCAGUUGCCUCCAGGCUACCAGGUUAGAAACGACCCAUGGAUCUACGCCACCGACGAUCCAAACGAAAAGAGACCAUUGGUGCAAUUUUUCAUGUAUGUCCUUGCUGGUAACGGACACUCUGAAUCCAACCACUACUCUUUGCCCUUGAAGUUCUCGCCUGUGUUCGAAUGUUUCACCAAGAAGUUCAUCAGAAUUGACUACUUGCCAGGCGGCUACGACGAGAAGAUCACCCCUACUGGCCCAUGGCAAGAGGUCCCAGCCGUCGAGUACCACCCAGACUUGAACGGCGAGAACGUCAUGAGAGAAGUCAAGCCAUUGUUGGUCAACCAGCCAGAAGGUCCAUCCUACACCGUCCAAGGCUCCAAGAUCAAGUGGCAAGGAUGGGAAUUCAGAGUCUCCUCCUCUGCCAGAGAAGGUUUCGCCAUCUACGACGCCUGGUUCAAGGGCAGACAAGUGUUCUACCGUGUGUCUUUGUCUGAAAUGACCGUUCCUUACGGUGACCCAAGAGCCCCAUACCACAGAAAGCAAGCUUUCGACUUGGGUGACUGUGGUUUCGGUGCCUGUGGUAACAGUUUGAGUUUGGGAUGUGACUGUUUGGGUACCAUCACCUACUUGGACGGUAUGGGUAUCCACGCCAACGGUGACCCAUUCGUGGUUCCAAACACCAUCUGUUUGCACGAACAAGACAACGGUUUGUUGUACAAGCACGUCAACUACAGAAACGGUAACGCUGUUCUCGCCAGAAAGAGAGAGUUCGUAGUCCAAACCAUCGCUACUGUCGCCAACUACGAGUACAUCAUCAACUUCAAGUUUGUCACCGACGGUUCUCUCGACAUCGAAACCAGAGCCACUGGUAUUUUGAGUACCAUGCCAAUCGACGAAAACGUCAAGGUUCCAUGGGGUACCAUUGUCGGACCAAACGUCAUGGCUGCCUACCAUCAACACAUCUUGUCGUUCAGAAUCGACCCUGCCGUCGAUGGUCACAAGAACACUGUUGUCUACGACGACACCCUCAAGUUGCCAAGAAACAAGUUGAACCCAUACGGUAUCGGUUUCGUGACCGACAGACACUUCGUUGAGAAGGCUGGCUCCAUCGACCAAUCUCCAUUCACCAACAGAACCGUGAAGAUUCUUAACGAAAACGUCAUCAACCCUGUCUCCAAGGGUCCAGUCGGUUACAAGGUUUCCUUGCCAGCUGCCCAAAUGAUCUUGGCUGACGACGACUCCUUCAACGUCAAGAGAGCCAAGUUCGCUACCGAACAAAUGUGGGUCACCAAGUACAGAGACCACGAAUUGUUCGCUGCUGGUGAGUUCACCAACCAAUCCCAAACCGACGAAGGUCUUGGUGUUUGGGGUAGCAACGGUGACUUGGUCAGAAACGAAGAUCUUGUUGUCUGGGCCACUUUGGGUUUCACCCACAUCCCAAGAGUUGAAGACUUCCCAGUCAUGCCUGUUGAAACUCACACCAUCCACUUGGCUCCAUUCAACUUCUUCGACAAGAACCCAGCCUUGGAUCUUCCUCAAGCCAACAACAACUUCAACAAGUCUGUUAACCACCCAAUCGGUAGUGAUGCUGAACCUCCAUGUUGCAGCAGCAAAAUUUAA